GUGCACUGCAACUGAUGCUGGGUUUGAAGUAGCACACUGACAAACAGCAAUGAAAGUGUCCAGCCGUGAACGUGGUUUGACACUUUGUAGUGUGUGACAAUUUGGGUUGGAUUGUGAGUGCUCAGUAACAUCCCAAUAUACACAACCAAAGUAUAUCUCUCAAUACACAGCAGACUAACUCACAGUGAACUUUUUCAGUUAAUUGUUUUAAUCGUAUUGUUUGUUUACCGUAUUGAUUGGUCAGUAGGUUUGUUGAGGUUUUGGAGAGUACGGUACUCGCAGCACGCCACACAGAGACACUGGGUGCUACAAACUUCUUUCGUGGAAUAUUUGCUACCGAGAAUUGCUGAUACCUGGGAAGCGUCGUCGGGCGUUAAUUAUACUAUUUGAUGUGUUAAUGUUUUAGUGCAAUGGAACUUAAAGUGUCGACUGAGGAUCGUAGGAAGGCGAGAGAGACAUUAACGAACUGUUCAUAUUCAGACCAACAAAUGGAUUUCACGGACUGACCACACUCCAGCCAACACAUGGGAUGUACCAUAACGGUUUCCUCUCGGAAAACCAAACCGCAAUGGCCCAUACCAAGAAUAACCACGAGCAGCAAAAAAGAAAAGGAACCCUAUGAAUGUGUAUUAGAGAAACGUGUCACCCCUAGGAACUGGACAAACGUGGCGGCCCCCGGUAGUGGUGGGGGAGGACGGAGAGUCCGAAAUGGUAAGAACCGUGGUGACAGCUUUUUUAUUGAUACCGACUUCCCGGCUGAAAAUAAAUCUCUUUUCCGACACAAACCAAUCACGAAGACCGUAGUUUGGAAAAGACCAAACGAGAUUUCUGCAGAUGCCGUUCUCGUAUCAGAUGGCACCAGUCGACACGACAUGAAACAGGGUGAGCUGAACGACUGUUGGUUCUUGUCUACGCUGUCCGCCAUUGCUGAAAAACCACAACUCAUGGACAAGAUAAUUCCGAGUGACAAUACGUUUGGAACUCCUGAGUAUGACGGUAGAUUCCACUGUCGUUUCUGGCAGUUCGACAAGUGGAUAGACAUUUACAUCGACGAUCGAUUACCCACUGUCGAUGGAGAAAUCCUGUUUGCUCAUUCGUCAGAUCCAAGCGAGUUCUGGGUUUCGCUUGUGGAGAAAGCCUAUGCUAAAUUAAAUAAAUCCUACGAGGCGCUAGAAUACGGGUUUGAAGCCGAUGCCUUUACUGAUUUGACCGGAGGUCUUGCCGAAUGGUACAACCCCACUGACCUACGAGAACAAGACUUUUAUCUCAUCCGGGCAGCUUACCAAUGCGGGGCAGUGAUUGGCUGUCUCAGCGUGGAUAAGGAGGGGCGAACUGAGAGGGAGAAGAAAGGCAUGGUUUCUAACCAUUCCUACGUCAUCACGGGCGUAGAGGAGAUACCAUACCUCGACUCAACGGCCAAACUCAUUCGUGUCCGUAACCCCUGGGGGGACACAGAAUGGAACGGGGCGUGGUCCGACGGGAGUGACGAAUGGGACCGAGUGAUAGAGGAUAUAAAACAAGACCUCGAGCUCACCACACAAGAUGACGGGGAAUUCUGGAUGAAUUUUAGGGACUUCAGGCGGGAAUAUUGCAAUAUGAUCAUAUGUAACCUGUCUCCUGACUUUGAUCACGACGGUAUCAGCGAUAAAGCAGAGUACCAGAUAAGCAUCAGAGGAGGCUGGAAGUCUCAUUUGAACGCUGGAGGUUGGCUCGAGUGUGAAUCCUUCCACUCAAACCCACAGUAUAUCAUAAACCUCCAUCCAGAUGUAAAUGUCCAAAGGAGGUUUAACGGACGUCUUCCACUAGUUGUGUCCCUUCUCCAGGUCUACCGCCGCCAGGAUAAACUAGAGGGAAUCGGACUAUAUGCAAUAGGAUUUGAAGUUUUCCAGCUGUUCACUCGCCCCACCGGAGUUCUGAAUAAGAUGUUUUUUGAUAGAACCGAUCCACUUAUGCCCGACAAUGAAGAGACAUACGCAGAGUAUCGGGAAACCUCAGGAAGGUUCUUCCUUGAUCCUGGUCAGUACCUACUCGUGCCAACGUCUCAGCUUCCCAAUCAGGAUCGAGGCUACCUCCUUCGUCUCUUUACUGUCACCAAAAUGCAGUGCUCACCACUCGGGAAUACCAUAGAAGGUACAGAACAAUGGGAUUUAUAGCGGCCAGUCAAAGACCAUCGGUGGUAUGUACUACUGGGAAUGCCUCUGUAGACUGCAGUACGGAUAGGUCAAGUCUGUUCCUGGAAUCAUACGUACAGCGCCAAGCCAGAUCAUAUUAAGGACAACAGCAUCAUGCAAUAAAUUAUUUAUUAGUGACUGUAUGUGAUAAUAAAGCACUGCAAGCCUUAUAUCUCAAGCAAUAGCUUCAAUCAGUUACGAAGUCAAUCAGUCGAGCAUAUAAUGGAAAUGGGCAUAUCAGCUGUAUAAGUGAAUGACUGGUGCUAGCAGUCAUAGUGGUAGCGACAAUAACAUAAGUUGGCAGAUGACCUCCUCUAAUUGACUGUCUAGGAUACAGGGCAGACGAUGAUCUGAUACACAACUGAUAAAUAACGUCUACGGGAGAAAGUUCAGUGACUUGUGUCGAGGCUUCCUUGCAAACAUUAUAAAUGUGUCGGGAGUGACAGACAUGCCAAUAUAUGGGACAGGCCGCCGUUCUAAUAGGAUUGCGGAUGAUGCUGGUGUUAUUCUCCUGUCAAUACGACAGGUGUGGAUGAAUGCUUACUCGCGCUCACCUCUCUAUAACACAAUAAGACAGUCUGUGAAUUGAACAUCUGUUAUUUCAAUAAGCAAAUUUCCUGGAAAACGAUCUGACGUUUGAGACAUUUCCACCAAGUUCCUGAUUGUCUACCGGCAUUACAUACUAAUGAAAAACUAAGGCAUAACUGAAGCAGAUUAUGUCGACUUAUUGAAAUAUGCAUGAUAUAACAGAAACGAUGAAUUACAAACGUACAACUUCAAAUUGUAUUGAUUUCAUCUUACACUCAAUCUAGAAAAAUGUUGAAAUACAUCAUAUCAGAUCAAAGAAUAACGGUGUUUAUUUCACAUGUCGUGAAUUCAUUCAUUUCCUAGCGACUUUUAACAGUAAUAAGUGGGGAUGUUUUUGGGGUGAAAUAUCGGCAUCUUUUUGUGAUGUUAGCAUGUUCGUGUUACAUUGUUACAGAUUUACAGAAUAUAAAAAUGUCACUACCCUGUUAAUAUGAAGGUUUUGUAUAAUUAUACCAAUAUAGCGAGCAAUUGUUCUUGGUUUUCUUCUUGUAUAGAUGCAUCAUUACGCUCAAAUGUAAACAAUACUAUGCUGAAUUGUUCAGACUGAUGUGAUAUUCAGUUAGUUAAGUGUCCAUGUACAUCAAAACAAGUUUUUCAUCGCUUAAUAGAGUUCUUUUGAUUAGACAAACUUUGUCAAUUUUAGUUCAAAUAGGAAAGUCAGGAAUUAAAUAUGUUAAUCUUCAAAUUUAGAGUGGGUUCCAAAUCCACUUAGGGAGAAGGAGAGAGUCCAAAUAGGAAAAAUACAUAGCUUCAAAGAAAAAUCUAGGGAAUGCCCUACCGGCAGGAGACCGUUCAACGUUCACACUCCGAUAGAGAACUAUAUUGGUUGUUUGGUUAUUUGUACUAGAACCAGUACUCUUGAUGGCCAAUUAAGAUGUCUGUUCCAUAUUUUUUCACAAUAAAUAUGAAAACAAGAAUGAUGAAAAUCUUAUACUCAUAAUAUUAGCUAAAAGACAGGCUUAUAUGUUAAAUACAUUUAUUGCCGUAUCUAUUUCGAGUUCGCAUCAACUUAAGACGUAUCUUAUCCGGUCACUUAUAUUAGGUGUGGCUAAAAGCGUUCUAAUCAUGUCACAUUUCUCCGCCAGUAUAACAGUAAGUAUGGGAGGAUACGUCCGCGUUUGAGAUAUAACAAACCUUGUUAUAUGUAAUUAUCUCUGUACAUAGUAGUCAAUAAAUAAUAUGUAAGUUCAAGCUUUCGUCUUCCAUUCUAUUCACAAACGUGAAUCCUUUCAUAUAUGUACAUAUAACAAAUAUUUAUAUCCGAUUCUCAACGGUUAAAAGACAACGGUUGAAUAUCAAAAUCGACGGGUAUAACAACGUCACUUUGUCAAUAUUGGAUUUAUUGGAUGAUAAUUGUAUUCCAUAAGUAAAAUACAUCCACAUAUAGCUAUUACCUGUCAGCAACACGAGACUUAUUAAUGAAGUAGCGAAGUGUCAUUGUAGUGUGCCAGUAGUGUAGGUUUUUAAAUACGCUCAAUAUGGGGAGAUUGCCAAAUUUUCAAGCAAGGCAUCUUUGCACCACUGAACAUAUAUACAGAUUUAAAGACAAUAAAUAUAUAAGUAUGUAUGACAUAUAGAUUUAAACAUAUAUCCAUAAUGGAAAAAAUUGCAAACAGUGUCUAUGAUAUCGAUAUCGCAAUGUGUUGAAAUUUAGCCUUGUUGGUCAACACAAUAUCCCCUUACUCCUUACAUACUGAUUUACUAGCAUACACAUAUUCCGAGAUGAUAUUUGAGAUUCAACAUUCAUUAAAUUCUUACUUGAUAGAAGAUAUCACAAAUGUCUUUUUGUCAAUAUUUUACUGUAUUUCUUUAAAUAAACAUCAUAUUUGUACACAUGUAAGUUAAAAUCAAAAGUUCUAGAACGCCAAAAGUAAAUGUUUGCUCAUAUCAAUUUUAUAUUAGCGAUCUUUUUCAGAUAUCUCACCAAAUGAUAUAGUUGAUGAUUAGCCUUGCAGCUGCUUUAUUUGUUAAUGUAGAAUUUCAUUAAUUGUGAUUAAUAUUGAUUAAAAAUCUAUGCACAGUUGUAUAUAUAAUUUAUGGUUUUUUUCUAAAGUUCACAAUGAUGAUCUUUUUAUCUUAGCAAUUUAUAUUAACUGUUGUUUUUAAGUAAUUUUGAUUGUUAAGACAUUGUUUAUCCAUUAAAUGCAAAUAAAAAGACUCUGUCCAAGAUGACUAUAACAAAAGUACUCUCGCAAAAGUUUUUAGAUUUAUUUUUCAAUACAGCCCAUUUUUAACACAAAAUAAUCACGAGAAAUUGGUCUACAUGGCAGAAUAUAUCCAAUACCAUUGCGUACUGGAUAACAUAUUUGAGGGAUUCAUCACGAGAAUUUACCGAAAACAUAACAAUUAUUGAAUUUGAAUAACUGAAAAAAAUACGUCCUGCUGUUCAACGUUAAGGUCUCUGUUGACGAUCACGUGAUACCUUACAUAUUUGUAUUUGUUGAAGAUUAUGUUGAACGCCUUUAUAUCUAAUAUAAAGACAAACGGAUACGAAAAGUGUGAAAUAUAUGACAAGUGGCGUCAAUGAAAAUCAAUCGAUUCCUGUAAAAGUACAUGUUAAUUUGUAAUAAUUCUUUUUUUAUUGUUUUGUGGUAAUGCCGUUCAUAUGAACAGCAUUCCAAGGGAGACAACUGAGACUAUUAAACCACAUUUUAAAAACUACAGAGAAUGUUACAUGAUUAUUUAGUAAAAGUUGAAUCUCCGAACUAGGCUAUGGUAUAUUCAGGUGGUAAAUGUUACGAUGAAGGAACAUAAAUGGUUUUUAUUAAAUAUAAAAACUCAUGAACAGGAACGUUAUCCAUUUGGAUUUUUUUCUAAACGUCUAACAAAGUUAAAUAAAUAUCAUCCUAGCGUUUAUACCUUAUUCAAUGGUUUCAAGGAGUGAGUAUUGAUUUGUAAAUAUAUUGCUGAAAGGACAGCAACAGAAUACAAUAGCUGGUGACAUCAUACUAAACAAUGCAUAAUGACGUCAUGAUAAAUGCCAUAAACAAAAAUGACGCAAAAAUACAAAGUUUAUCACCCAAUAAAGAUGUAAGCACAGUUCAAUACAUUUAAUUGUUUGGAAUUGAUAUUAUUUAAGCAAGUGGAACUUAAUUAUCAACAAACUUUGAAACAUUCUUGUACACAGUAUAAAUUCCAUGUGUUGCCUUAUAUACAACAGAAGCAAACUAGUUUAUAUGUAUAAUUAAACCAUGGUUUAUAAACUCUAAUUACAAUGGAGCUAAGUUGAACGUACGUGUCGUGGUUCUGACAACAUUGAUUAACAAAAACAUGGAAGAGCAUUAAAUGGAGAAAAGCUUGUGAUUCCAUGAUCUCUUGACUGUAUUGUAUAAAUGAUGCUUGCAAAUGCGCAGAUUGAUUUAUUGUAGAAUAAGGCUGAAUCUUUUCAUCAAAUAGAAAAUGUUCUUGUACAUUUUGAGGAAAAAUAAUCUUAUGUUGAAUGCAAAAUGAAGUGAGUUAUUCAAU